AUGACUCUCGGUGGUCCAGCUACGAAUUUUGGCGGCGACAUAAUCAGUACUAUCUCUGCGGGCGCCGUUACCAACGGAGCUAGUCCUUCAUACGGCAUGCGAAGAGAUCUAACCCUGCCAAUUGCUCCUGCUGUGAUUACUCUUCCGAACGAGUCGACUUUGACCGCACAAGUUGGCUCUCCGCUUUCCGUCGGAUCUCAAUCGCGAGCCCCCAGCGCUUUCCCAGCAACUCUCAGCGGCGAGACUCUCAUUUUCGCUCCCGACGGAGUUAUGACGAAUGGAAAGACUGUCCUGUAUGACGAUACAAAUACACUAUCACAGUCAACAGCAGCCGCUGUGCUGGCUCUCACAAACGGUCAAGCGACCAUUGUCGCUCCAGAUGCACUCCUCAUACCCAAUGGACGAAAGAAACCCCAGCUGGUAGACCUGCGUACAAAACGAAUGGUAUCACGAUCUCUGCAGCCACUAACGGCCUAG